AUGGAGUUCUCGAGGCGACCUGAAGAGCUUGCCAAGGCCGAAGGUCUUUCUGACAGGCCACCCACACCAGAGCCAGAAAAACAACUUGAGCGUUACGAAACACAUAAUGUUGGCGCAGUAGCUUCAAAUGCCGAGGAUGUGCAAACACCUCUACCCUCAAAGCCAGCAUUCUCGGUUGCAACACCACCUGCACUGGACAACUUGACUGAAUUGCCACUUCAACCUGUCCAGGAAAUCAUGACUGACUCCGAACCUCAAACUGAUCGUCUUGUUCAUCCUUCUACCAUGGACGACACUCCGCAUCAGAAUGGGCGUGCACAUGACGCGUUUCCAACGACUAAUGGUGCGCCUUCUCCUCAGAUGAAUGGCAACUUGAGCUCACCACCACCUUCAAACCCGCCCCAGACGGAAAGCACGACCACCGACAUAACACUAUUAGCUUCUUCGUCUUCUUUACAAGCCUCAUCUUCAUUCGACUCCUUCGCGCCUUCGACUACUCAAGUUGGGACUCAGAAUUCGGCCACAACCGCCACUCCCCAAGACCCUAUAGAUCCUGUGUCUGAAGUGCGGCCUGCACCAGAACAAGCGCCCACUUCUGACAUGAGAUCUUCACCUCAACCUCUGCCUCAAGAAUCCGAGACCGCACUUCGAAUCAAAAACGAGAAGCACCAGCAAGAUCUCGCGAAUGAUCCGGAGUUGGCUCAAGGACUCGCAGCAGGUGGCAACGGUCCUAUUGAGCGCACAAUUUCUCCCCAACCUGCAUCGAUUCCUGUUGAAGAGCAAAACGCCUUGACUUUCGAUAUGGAUAUAUCUUUUGACGCCGCUGGUCAUCAACCCGCUACCAUGAAUCCCCUUGCGGUUACCGACAUUGCUUUACCGUCUCCUCCACCACCAUCAGAACCAGCGCAUGCGACUUUGUCAGCAGAUCAACCUCUGGCGCCUGCACCUGCUUCUGCUGCUCCAGAAUCAUCUGGUCACCUUCAAGUAGAUCGACCAAUGCUUGACGCGCCUCCCUCUCCUGGAAAAAUCUCGCGCGACCGAGAUGAGGAGGAUGAUGAGGAAGGUCCCGCAGCGAAGAGAUUGAAAUCCGAAGUGGCGGCGAUGGAACCAGAGUUCAAGGUACCGGAAGCUCCUGUACGUCAUUCACCUGCAGAUCAGCGCACUACCGAACAAUCGCCUCCGGCUGAUGACAUGGUCACACCUGCGAGGUUGGGACAUAUGAAAAAGGUGAUCGCGAACUUGAAAAAGAGUGCCAUCUCACAAUACUUCCGUGAGCCCGUUAACCCCGUUGCUUUACAAAUCCCCACAUACUUUGAUAUCAUCAAGCAACCGAUGGAUCUGGGAACCAUGGACCGAAAGCUGAAGGGCUCAAAGUACCAAAGUGUCUCGGCAUUUGUUGCCGACUUCAAUUUGAUCGUCGACAACACAGCACUUUUCAACGGACCGAACCACAAUGUUACUGACUCAGGGGUGAAGAUGAGGCAUUCAUUCAACAAUCAAAUGAGACAACUACCACGCGCUGAUUUUGUGGUGCCUGUCAAGGAGGAGAAAAAAUCAGCAAAAACAAAAGAACACCCUGUACGUACUGCUUCGCAACGACGGCCAUCUACAUCGCAAGCUUCCAUAGCCAGCACCACUCGAUCUCCAGCUACUCCUGUAUCAGGGACAACAUUUGCAUUGAACCCGCAGGGCAUACCACUCAUCCGACGCGACUCGACGGUUGGAGACGGACGUCCGAAACGCGCCAUUCAUCCACCCAAACAUCGAGAUCAGGAGUUUGGCCCUGGUCGGCCUAGGAAGAAGAAGUUCGAAUGGCAACUCAAGUUCUGUAGGGAAGUCAUCAAUGAGAUGAAGAAGCCUAAGUAUUACUCGUUCGCCCAAUUUUUCUACCUUCCCGUCGACCCCGUGGCGCUCAAUAUACCAAACUAUCACUCCGUCAUCAAGAAGCCGAUGGAUCUAGAUACCGUGGAAAGAAAGCUGGAGAACAAUCAGUACGAGAGAGCGCGAGAUUUUGAAGAAGAUAUUCGCCAAAUUUUCAAGAACUGCUUCCUCUUCAAUGCACCCGGGGAAUUCGUGCAUACCGCUGGUCAGCAACUUGAGAAAGUUUUCGAGGACAAGUGGGCUACCAAGGAUGAAUGGCUUGCUUCACAUGAGCCAGCAUCAGAGCCGCAGAGUGCAGGCGACGAAGACGAGGAAGAUGAAGCAAGUGAGGACGAGGACGACGACAGUAACGAUGAGAGGACUGAUGAGAUUGCCCAGCUGAAGGCGCAGAUUGCCAUGAUGAGCCAGACGAUCGGCAACCUACAGUCAGCUCCGAAGAAGAAAAAGAAGACCACUCCACCAGCACCGGCUGUAUCGAAGAAGAGCGGAAAGCCGAAGAAGAAGGACAAGCCGACAAGCUUUCCCGCACCCCAGCAGACCGGCAAGGAUAAGAAGAAGGGCUCUACCAAAUCCAAGCAGGAGAAGGAGCAUUUUGUCACGUACAACGAAAAGCAGUACAUCUCUACCGGGAUCUCUUCAUUGCCAGAUGCGCGAAUGUCCGAAGCGCUCAAGAUCAUUCAAUCGAACGUUCCAUCCCUCAAGAACACCCAUGAGACGGAAAUCGAGCUGGACAUUGACGAACUGCCAAAUCAUGUUCUCCUGAAGCUUCUCAGCUUCGUCAAGAAGUAUGGCGAGCAUGCUCCACCUGAGCCGGAACCUCCUCAACAGCCAUCGUAUGCAGCUCCCAUGUCAGCGACUGGCAAGCCAAAGAAGAACAAGCCUAUGUCGAAACAAGAGCAAGAACAGCAGAUUCGGGAGUUAAAAGGGAAGCUGGGUGUUUAUGAUGGUGGACAGACCUCCCCAGACCCGAACCGAUCUGUCGAAAAUGCUGUCGAGAGUAGUGACGAAGACUCUGAGGAAAGCGAAGAAGACCCGGACGCCUCGACCCGCGCAUUGAGCGAAGCCAAUGCCUCGACCUCUCAAGCGCUACGCUCUCAUUUGCUGCAAGCAGCGACAGAGGAGCUGCUGAAGUCGAGCAUCAGGAAUAUUGCUACGAGAAGCGUGGAGAAAGAGGAUGAAGAGGUGCUAAACUUUGCUCCCAAGCAGAGGGAAAUAGUUGGCACGAUAUCCAUCAUCUUAGACGAAGCUCCCAUCCUCGACCUCCACGGGGACGAUUACGAGCUGCUCAGGCCGGACAUUGACGCAUUUCACGAUCAUAUGGAAGAGAUUGCAAUCCCAGUGUCUGCAAGCCUCCAGCACCAGCAUGAUAUCCUCUGCAAGAUCGCCUCCUCUACUUCGUCACCAGUCGAGCCCGCCUCAGCCAAACAAGUGGCCAACAGCAAACGUACCCUCAACAAAACCGUCAAGAACACCACCGUCUCGUCUUCAACACCCUCGCUCCCUGCCCUCCUCUAUCCGCUUCUACCCCAGAUACCACCCCCAACCCUUCACUCCUCCCUACCCUCCCUCUACAAUACAACCCUCCAACACAGCACCACCCACCUCACCCUCCUCCGUACAGUCCUAACCCACCUCGAGCUCACAACCCACGGUCUCCACGCACGCAACACCAAAGCCCGCUCCGCCCAUCUCAGCACCGUCGCGAGUGCACUGGCGAAGAGGAUCGAGAUGGUAUACUUGAGAUAUAGGAACAGCAUGUAUAACAAGGACGUGCAGACAGCGUUGGGCAACUAUCAACGACAUCUUGAGGAGGUGGAGGGGGAGGUUGAAGAGAGGGAGCGGUUUUUAAAGGGUGUAGUUGACGAGUUUGAGGGUGUUGGGUUGGGAUCGGAGUUGGAGAAUGGUGGGGAAGGGGAGGGGAAAGGGAAGAAGGGUGUGAUGAGGGAGGUGGGGAGGAGGUAUGGAGAGGUGUUGAGGGAGAUUGAGAGGGUUAGGGAGGAGGUGGAGAGAUUGGAAGGUGGGCACAGAGCUGUGCAACAGAGUCGAGCUGCAAAGAAGUCAGGUAGUGAAAGGGUUGGAGAGAGCUGA